UAACAUUGGCAGCCAGUAAUCCCACCCCCGGGACCCCUCAUGGGCGGCACUGCUUUCCGCCUGGCAGGUUACGAAUUGGCUGCAUUUGUUGGCUAGAAAUCUCCAGGUAGGCUUCUUUUAAAGAUAAGCGAUAUAAUAAAAAAUAUGAAAUAUAAAUGGAAACGUUAGAUGGGUUAAAAAAACAGUCGUGCGGAAGCGCAGCUACAAUGCAGUAAAAGUGACGACGAGACAACGCAACGCCAUCGUCCAGCUGUGCUACCCGCAGCAACCGAUCGCCGCACGCAGAGCAAGGAAGGAAGGAAGAGCUCAUCUUCUGGAAAAUGCGAUGAAUGCAGCGGAGCAGCUGGCAUCAAAGAGGAGGAGCCGCCCUGGCAUUACUGGGGGAAUAUCUUCCGAAGCUCUGUCGGAAAAGGCGCCUCGCCAGUACGGCAUCACAGCACGGUGAGUAAAGGUGGGCACUGCCGACGUUCGUUUAGGAAACGUGCCAGCUGUGAUCAGCACAGCUCGCCGGGUGUGGACCACAAGCACUGGGGAAGCCGGGAGCGGCAGAAGGCAACAGAAAGAAGAAGCGCCGCACAAUAAUGAAGCGGCUCCUGCACAAACGAGAGACACGGGAAGCGCCGUAAAACCAACUUUAAGGCAGUCCAGAUUCUCAACUUGUAGCUUUAAAGUCUAAAAAGUGGAGCAGUCGGUGCUUCUCUGGAAGCUGCCAGCAGUGAAAUGCGCCGUUUAUGAGAAUGAACACAAAGCACUGGAACUGGAGGCAUUCAUGAACUUUGGGAAGAGCCCGACAGACCGGACUUCGCAUAGAAGUUAAGCAACUCGUGCUCACCAGUGGCAGCGGAGACGCCUGCAGCAUGAAAUCCAGCCUCGUAAAGAGUGCAAGGGGCGAGGCUGGGCAUCCUCGGAAUCUGCACAUUCGGGGACCCCCUGAGCUUCUGCACAGAGCAGACCUCUUCAAACGAGAGGGGGUCCAGUGCUACAAGGAGAAGAAGUACAAGGAAGCCAUUGGCAAGUUUCAUAGAGCUCUGCUUGAGAUAAAGGGGCUGAAUAGCCUGCAGGGUGGGCCGCCAGCUGAGGGUCUGCCAGCCGAGAGACCCCCUGGAGAGAAGACACUGAGAGAUGAAGACAGGGAGCUCUUGGAGCACACAAAACUGGAGUGCUAUAACAGCCUGGCAGCUUGUAUGCUGCAAAUGGAGUUGGUCAACUAUGAGCGUGUAAAGGAGUAUUGUCUUAAAGUGCUAGUGAUCGAAGAAGACAACUUUCAGGCAUUGUACCGCACAGGAGUGGCCUACUAUCACUUGAACAACUAUGAAAAGGCCAUGAUCUACCUAAAGAAGGCCAAAAAGCAGCAACCCACAGAUACAAACAUUAUCCGGUAUAUCCAGCUGGCAGAGUUUAAACUGAGCCGCUGCUCUCAGAAGGAGAAAUAACCUUAAUCGGGUUAUCGCACAGGUUAUUACGAGGCUAUUACAUAUCAGUUUGAGCUUUUUUUGAUGUCUAAAGAGAAGAAUUGGUGUUGAUAGAACAUGUUGGAAGGAAGAUGUGAACUUGUGAAUUCAAAAGAAGAGACCAUGGUUAUUUUCUGUUUUUGCAAUUUGCACUUGACAACAUGAGAAAUGACAUUUGCAUGCAAUCUUUUUGAAAAACUAAAAUUUUUUCCUGGCCAGUCCACUGUUGCGGAGCUCUGUCAUCAUUUUUUUAAGGGACUUAAAAUUGUUAGCACUAUAUUUUAUUUCUUUAAUACUAUGGACACUUUUAUGUUUCAGUUGUUUGUGAAAUCUGUUUAUUACAUUAAUAAGAGGAUUUUUUUUUAUGAGAUAUAGAUUAAACUUUUGACACUAAUGGGUGCUUACUAAAUCUUAUUAUGAAAACUGUAUUGUUUGAAUAAAGGGGCAUCUCAGAAAAUGU